AUAGGCAAAACGAAAAAUCUCCCAUGAGCCCCAAUGUACCAGGCCGGAAUUUCUCGCCUCGUACCCGCCCGAUUACCAGAUUAACAAAUUAAUUCCCACUCCAUUCAGGACGAAAUCUGCGACAUUUUUGCCAUCCAACUCAAAAGGGGAUUUAUGCUCUGGAAGUUAACAAGACAAGACAAAUUAGGUUUUUAGUUGAAUAUUAUUAUUAGUACGGAAUUCUCUUCAUCGAAAUACAAAGCAACAAAGGAAGGAAAAUCCAAGAAUGGGAAGCGAAGAGGAGAGCGCAGUGAAGGAGCCAUUGGACCUCAUCCGCCUCAGUCUCGAUGAGCGCAUUUACGUCAAGCUCCGUCAUGACCGCGAGCUUCGCGGCAAGCUCCAUGCCUAUGAUCAGCAUUUGAAUAUGAUUCUUGGUGAUGUUGAAGAGAUAGUUACAUCUGUGGAAAUUGAUGAUGAGACAUACGAGGAGAUUGUCCGGACCACGAGGCGUACAGUGCCGUUUCUGUUUGUCAGAGGAGACGGUGUCAUCUUGGUUUCACCUCCAUUAAGGACAGCCUGAUUAAGACUUCUAGUUACUGACCUCUCUGAGGUUAACCAAAUUGUCGUAACGUGUAAUACUACACUCGCUAUUUUCCAAUUUGUAUUGGUGCUUAUUCAUGCAACUAGAACUGAUUGAACUUUGAGAAUUAUGUGUAUUUUGAGGUUAAGACCAUCAUGUUUAGCUGCUAUCUUUGGCAUGCGAGUAAAGAUUGAAAUGGAUAUGGUGAGCUCAAGAUUUGAUAAAAUCAAGUUUUGCUUA